CGGCUCCUCGACGCCAUCGCGAGCGGCGACUACCUCACGUACUCGUGCCUCGUGAGCGACGACCUCACGUGCUUCGAGCCCGAGGGCUGCGGCCACCUCGUCCAGGGCAUCGACUUCCACAAGUACUACUUCGACCUCGCGCGCGCGGACGACGCCGCCCCGCGAAAGAAGAACACGACGAUGGUCGACCCGCACACGCGCGUCGUCGGCGACGUCGCCGUCGUCGCCUACGUGCGCCUCGUCCAGGACGGCUUCAGGACGACGCGCUGCGAGGAGACGCGGGUCUGGCGCCGCAUGCCCGCGGGCGACUCGGCGCUGUCCAAGUGGCAGCUCGUCCACUUCCAC